CUGAGUCCUAGCGACACUUAUUUGUGUGAAGGGUUAGGGUUAGGUGUCGUGUUGGUGAACUCUCCAAGCAACGAAGACCUGUUGUUUUUCUAGCGAGGCCGUCAGAAGUCAAGUUGGUGACUGUGCCGCACCGUCGUGCCUCCUGUGACUUUUUGACAAAUAUGGGCAUGUCGGCAUGGCAACAGCUGACAUGCUUGCGCGUGUCUAAAAACAGACAGACUCAAAUGUGUCACAGUCUUCUUGUGGCUUGAGCCGUCCACCGUUUGUCCUCUGGACCGCCGACUUCCUGGUUUCCGCGGUGGUCAUGGAGGGUCUGGAGAAGCAGCUGAUGUGUCCCAUCUGUUUGGAUAUGUUUUCCAAGCCCGUCGUCAUCUUACCGUGUCAACACAACCUCUGUCGCAAGUGCGCUAACGACGUCUUCCAGGCCGCCAACCCGUACCUGAGCUCUCGCGGCGGCCGCUUCCGCUGCCCGUCGUGCCGCCACGAGGUUCUUCUGGAUCGCCACGGCGUCUACGGACUCCAGAGGAACCUGCUGGUGGAGAACAUCGUCGACAUGUACAAACAAGGAAGCGCCAGCAAGGCGACUUCGGUUCCCGACCUGGCGCCGGAGCAUCCCAUGUGCGAGGAUCACAACAAGGAGAGGAUCAACAUCUACUGCCUGAGCUGCGCUGUGCCCACCUGUUCCCUCUGCAAAGUGUUCGGCGCCCACAAAGACUGCCAGGUGGCGCUACUCGACGUCGUCUUGGCCCAACAAAAGGCGGAGCUGAGCGAGUGCAUCUCGCUUCUUGUGGUCGCCAACGAACGGAUUCAGAGCGUCGUGAAGCAUCUGGACGACGCCCGCGGAGCGGUGGAUGACAACGGGCGCCGGCAAAAGUCCAAAGUGUGCGAGUCGUUCGACCGUCUGUUCGCCGUCCUGGAGGAGCGAAAAGGCGAGCUGAACGCCCGGAUUGGCGCCGAACAGCAGGAGAAACUGGACUACUUGGCGGGGCUCAGGAGGAAGUACAGCCAACACCUGGAGAACGCCGCCGAGCUCCUGGAGAAGGCCAUCCGCGCCAUGGAGGGCGCCGAGAUGGCCGCCUUCCUGCAGGUCAGCCUCCCGAGCCGACGGUGCUUUUUUGUCUUCUUUGCCAGUCGUUUCAUUGGAGGAGCCAACUUUCACAUUUUUUGGGCAGAUGACUUGAACAGGGCCUCAAGGCGAGCCUUUUAUUUAACAAUCUCUGCCGUUCACGGAGACUCCCUGAACGCAAACGACGGCCCGAGUCAAGCGGCUGACCUGCGAGAGCGUCCUCAGGCCGCUACGUUGCUGCUCCUUCAGUCGAAUAAAGAACUGCAGUCUACUUUCGACACCUCUCGUCACAUACGUCGCCGCACGCUUUCGUCUUUUUAAGGCGGCAGAUCCGAAUUUUGCGAUCCGAGACACGCUUCCACAUUGGCCGUUGCUGUUGCUUUGUUCCUUGUUCCGGAAAGGAAAGGAGAAACCGCGCGUUGUGAAUCAGAAUCAUCAUAACUGACGCUAAAUCGUUGUCGUUUCUCUCUUAGGACAGCAAGUCACUGCUACAAAAGUGAGUCCCGGCCAACGCGCCGGUUUUGGAGGAAGUGGUUUUUGGGACGGCGUGAUGCUGAGCUUGCUCUGCGGUGGGGCGUGUGUGCAGGAUGGCUGCGGGAAGCGACGCGUCACAACUGGAAAAAGUUCAGUUGGGAUAUGAGAAGAUGGAGCGCUUUAGCGCCAACUUUGAGUGUCAAAAGAGGGCGCUGAUGGCCGUCAACUUCGUCAAAAGUAACAAGUGUAACUUGACGACGACGACGACAAUGGCCGACGCCAAUGGAGACGACAAAUUGGGGACGGUUGACGGUUCCGAAGAGAGCGGCGCAACGCAGGCGCCCUCAGCCGAUCGUCAGCCUGCUCUUCUUUCACACUCGGAGGCCGCACCCCCUCUGAGCAUACGCCCCGAAAGUCCCCCGGAAAGCCGGGCCCAGACCCCUACGAGCCCACCUUCUGCUAACUCCGCCCUUCAGGCGGCGUCCGCAAACAAACACGUCUUCUCCUUCAGCUGGCUCAACCACAAGUGACUUCCCGCCCGUCAUGCUUGUCAUCACUUUGGUUUGGAAGUGAACACAAUAAAUCAGCGCUGGAAAACUUU